AUGGGUGAACAAAUGAAAAGAAUACGAUAUUCAAAUACUGAUAGUAAUAACAAUAAUAAUAAUAACAAUAACAACAAUAACAAUAAUAUCAAUAGAGUAAUUGAAGAUCAUGUCGUAGAACAUACAUUGGAUCUGGAUCCAGAUCAACAAUAUAGAUAUACAAUCGAACCAAUUAGAUCUUAUCGGAAUAGUGAUGGAGAGGAUGAUGGUGAUGAUGAAUCAAGUAGCAGUAAUGAUGAAGAAGAGGAAGAAGAAGAAGACAAUGAAUAUGAUCACAAUGAACCUACUGUUACAAGUCAAUUCUCUUCAGUAUUCAAAUUAGAAUCACCAAUUAAAAGAAAUCAAUCAAGAAUUAACAAUAACAGUAAUAAUAAUAAUAAUAAUAAUAAUAAUAACAAUAAUAAUAGUAAUAAUAAUAAUAUAAAUAAUCGACGUAAACCAAAAGGAUCAUUAGAAAGAAUAUUUAAUCCCCAUCAUCAUCAUAGAAGAAAAAGUAUAAAUGAUGAAGAAAAGAUAGAGAUCUCACCAAUGACUCCACCAUUUGCAGCACCGUCUCCACCACCUUUACCACCUCCACAAGUAAAACAACCGGCACAACAUAGACGUACAUUAAAGAUUGUAAAGUUUCGUGAUGAGAUUAGUGGCCAUCAUAAGCGUCCACUUGAAGAGAUGGAUGAAGACUUUAUUCACCAAAAGGCAACGAUUAGUCCACGUGGUGACUAUGCCUAUGCAGAGUAUUCUAAAAACAAACCGAUUCAACCAGAGGACCUGACAGAAGAGGAAAAGUUUAGAAGAAACUAUAUAGCCUACUAUCUCAUCAAAGAUGCCAUCCACUAUCGUAAUCCCAAUCAUGUACUCAAUCUAAGACACUUGUACUUUUACGGUAUCUAUUUCAGUCCGAUAACGAGAACUCUACUGUUUGUCGUAACGAUUUGUGACCUAUUGUUGGCCUAUUUCGAGUAUCCAAGUGACGAUCUACCGAGUAACAAGUUUAUCACUCUCUACAUUGAAUUGGCGUUGGUAUUGGUUCUCUUUUUCGAGUUGUUUGCCAAAUACUACUUUUAUGGACCCAAUGCCAUUCGAAACAAAUGGAAUAUUGUAAAGUUUGUUUUUCUUCUGACAAACCUCAUCGAUUUGUUGGUUGCAUUCAUUCUGGCAGCCAAUGGAAUACAAAGUGUGAGAGUGUCAAGGGUGUUUAGAGUCUACUAUCUCAUAGACUUCGAUCGGCUGACGCGAGAUCUCUUCCUACAAGUAUCCUACACACUCAUUAGAAUGAUACCAGUGGCCGUCGUUCUCUUUUCCUAUAUAUUCCUAUCGAGUGUAUUGUUUUCAAUAAUCUUUUCAAACGACGAGACGACCGACCCCGAAUAUUUCAACUCGACGGCACGAUCAUUCUUGGACAUGAUGAUUCUCAUUACAACGUGCAACUUUCCCGAUAUCAUGUUGCCGGCCUAUUACAAGAAUCGGUGGUACUCUGCCUUUUUCAUUGCCUAUUUGUCGUUUGGUUGGUUGCUAGGUCUCAACUUUGUCAUUGCAUUUGUGCAUCAGUCUUUUCGAAAGGCUGUGCUCAAUGAAACAAGAAAUAAUUUCCGGACUAGAAGAAGUGCUCUUUUAGCUGCCUUUAUCAUUCUCGAUUAUGACAAGACUGGUGUCAUUGGUUUGGAUCAAUGGGAACAUAUCUAUAAAUUGCUAAAACCAAAAUCAAGUUCACAAGAAGCUGAAGCUGCAUUUGAAGUGGUCGAUACAGAUGCAAAUGGAUAUCUCAACAUUCGUGAAUUCUUUGCCAUGUGUGAUGUUUUCCUACUUCAAAGAAAGACUGUACAAAUCCUAACAAAAAGAAAAAUCAUUAAAGAAAGAAUAGAAUCAGAGACUGGGACUAGUUCAUCAUCUCUAUCAGAUUCAAUCAAAGAUCAUGGUACUAGUGCAUUACCAUUGGCCAAAGAUUUAUCAAGAAUUCCUCGUCUAGAUUCACAAGUCUGUUCAGAUCUAUCAUCACUACCAGAUUUAAAAGUGAUUCCAAAAAUUUCAUCUCAUUUACAUGCUCCAAAAGCUAAUGUAAAAGAGGAUAUAGAGCAAGAAGAAGAAGAGGCAACAGAGAUGGAUGAAUUUAAUCGAUUCAAAAAACAUGAAGCUUCAAGUGUAACAAAAAUGUUAAAUAAUCGAAAUUUAUUUAGUAGUGGUGAUCAUAUUGAUAAUACAAAUAGGAUGAUUGAUAGUAAUGGUAGUACUAUUAAAAGUGCAUUAAAAUCUCCCUAUUCUCCUCCCAACAACUCUUCUUCGUCUCCUUCGUCUUCUACAUCUUCCCCAUCAAACAAAAUUCACAUCAAAGUCAUUACACCUUGUCCUUCUCCAAAGUUGUCUCAUCAAGAUCAUCAUUUUACUCUUCCACCAAAUCCUCAUCUAGAUGAUGAAGUUUUAGAUUUCAUAAAAAAGAAAAAACAACUAGAUCAAACAACUACAAGUACUCCUUCAACUCGAAUCGACGAUACAGAUAUAGAAGAGAAACCUACAUUGAUAGACAAAAUAAUAACUUAUUUAAAAAGUGGAAGGAUGAAAAAAAUUACAAAACAUUGGAGUUUCGAGGUUAUGGUUUCUCUAUUACUUUAUUUCAAUGCAUUUAUCAUUACACAUGUCAUGGUUACAACUCGAAACCUUUAUAAUCCUUCUUGGACAAUUAUAGUUGAUGAUAUAUUAAUUGGUCUUGGAUUUUUAGAAGUUUUAUUAAAAGGAAUUGCUUAUCGUUCAGUAAGAAAGUUUUGGUUAAUGUUCAGUAUAGUAAUUUUAUCAAUAUCAUUAUUUGGUAAAAUUUUGAUUGAAUAUGCUCUAAGAGGAGUUGGUAAUGAAAUUGAAAUGUUAAGAUUGGCUUGUGCUUUUAGAUUUAUUAGAAUUUUUAGAUUGUUUGCAUCUGUUAGAAGAAUGAGACAUUUUAUUCAAUCAAUGUUUCAAUUGGUAUUUAUUUUUUUAAAUUUUGCAGGAAUUAUAUUUGUUUUAUAUUAUUUUUAUGCAGUGAUUGGUAUUUGGUGUUUUAAUGGAGAUUUGGUACGUGGAAACCCGGCACUGAUUGGAACUGCCUAUGAUUUGGGCAAUUAUUAUGGAUUUGCCAAUUUUAAUAGUUUUAAUUCAGCCAUGUUUACACUAUUUCAUUUAACGGUUUUAAACAAUUGGUUUGUCACCUUUUUUGCAGUGGUAGAUGUCACCAACAAUUGGGCAAUCAUUUACUUUUGUACAUUUUAUUUUAUAUCGGUGGUUUGCAUUAUCAAUUUGGUGGUUGCCUUUCUCAUUGAAGCUGUCAAUUUUACAAGCAACUUUUAUUACCAACCAAGACAUCACCACAAUAGCAAGAAAAAACAUAGUUCUCAUGCACAUCGUUCUGGUAGUCGUAGAAGAAGAAUAUUAAAUUAUGGUAAAAAAGAAUUCUUUAGAGGUGUUGGUGUUGAAGAACACCAUCACCAUAAUAGUAUUCAUAACAAUACUAGUGAUUCAUCGUUACUAGACAGUGUUGAACGUCCACAAGAUUAUUUAUUGGAUCAAUUAAAUGAUCUAAAGAGAAGUCAAGAUGCUCAAAAUUUAACCAACCCAGAUACCAUCUCACUCAACAGAUCCACUUCUAAUAUGUCACAAACCACCAAUAGUAAACAUUCUCAAGUUGGCGAUAGUAUACAUCAAGACGUUGAUGAAUUUCUUGCCAAAGAACUAGAGGAACGUGAUAUUCAAAUUCAAAAACCUCUCUUUAUCGAAGAACAAAUGUUUUCAAAGGAGCUGACAAAUCUACAUCAAGAAGAAAUAGCUUUAAGCGAUUUUAUGGAAGACAAUGUAUUAAAUGUUACUAGAAAUCAAUCAAAUAUCAAUAAUUCUAGGAGAAGACCUUCUUUGGCAUCUAGCACUGGUAAUCCAUCACUUGAUAAUUCUCCACAACCAAUGAAAUCAUCAUCAUCAUUAUUUGAUAUUGAAGAAGAAGAACCAACAAUUGAAGAAUAUGAUGAAGAUGAACAAGAAAGUAAAUAA